UCUGCCCACAAGUUUUCACACAGUCUUCUUCUGGUUGGUUCAACCCCCAGAAAAGCUCUCCCACUCACUCAAUCUCUUCCCCCUUCUUUCAAAUUCACGUCAGAUCCUUCUUCCCCUUAAUGCACCUCUGAUCAUCUCUGCUCGAAGGAGGGAACAGAAAGCAGCCAUGGCUCCCGACUCUGUUAUCAGAAUGGCUGCUCUCAUAGCCCAGCAGCAAUCUGACGAGAGCUUGGACCACCAUUACUUCACCUCUGAAUCGGCCUCCUCCCCUUCAUCCACUUCUGAAACUUACCCUCCUCCCCAGUACCCCACCUACAAGCUCUCCGCGGCCAACCUCUCCUAUUCUCUGCACCUGCGUCGGAACAUCACAACCCCCCGCUUCCGAUUCUCUCGCCGCAGCAACCGUGCGGACCACAGCGUGAACCUCCUCAACAACAUCUCUUUCGUAGCCAACCCCUCCGAGAUCCUCGCCGUCGUGGGGCCGAGCGGCGUCGGCAAGUCGACGCUCCUCCGCAUCCUGGCCGGCCGAGCCGGGGCCGGCGGGUUCGACCCCGGGGCGAUCUCCGUCAAUGGGGACCCCGUGAGGAGCUGCUCCCAGCUGCGGAAACUCUGCGGUUUCAUAACGCAGGAAGACAACCUCCUCCCUCUGUUGACUGUCAGGGAGACGCUCAUGUUCAGCGCGAGGUUCAGACUGAAGGAGAAGACGGGAGAGGAGAAGAAGGAAAGAGUGGAGUCUCUGAUCCAAGAGCUGGGGCUCAGCCAUGCCGCCGAUACCUUUGUGGGGAAUGAGGAGCACCGAGGGAUUUCAGGUGGUGAAAGAAAAAGGGUUUCCAUUGGGGUUGAAGUCAUCCAUGACCCGCCGGUUCUGAUCCUCGACGAGCCCACUUCUGGUCUGGACUCUGCUUCCGCCAUGAACGUCAUCGAGAUGCUCGACUGCAUGGCCAGGAACAGGCACAGAACCAUCAUACUCACGAUACACCAGCCGAGCUACAGGAUUCUGCACCACAUCUCCAACCUUCUGCUGCUGAGUCGAGGUACGGUAGCAUACCACGGUAGCCUUUCGAAACUGGAACAGACAAUUCAGGGUUUAGGUUUUAAGAUCCCAGACCAGCUGAACCCACUAGAGUUUGCCAUGGAGAUUAACAGAGACCUAGAGGAUUUCCACAACAGGAGUACUGGCUUAGACAGCAUGGUUGAGGAAUACAAGUGCCCACCAACAGUGGUAGACGAUAAUGGCGAUAAUGGGCUGGUGGGAUGGAGAUUUUAUGAGAUCAUGACACUGUCUUCUAGGUUCUGGAAGAUUAUCUACAGGACCAAGCAGCUCUUUCUGGCCAGGACGAUGCAGGCGGUGGUGGCCGGCCUGGGGUUGGGCAGCGUCUACUUAAGGGUGAAGAAGGACCAAACCGGCGUCACUGAGCGUAUGGGCUUGUUCGCUUUCUGUCUGAGCUUCCUGUUAUCUUCUACGGUGGAGGCGCUGCCCAUCUUCCUGGAGGAAAGACGCGUGCUAAUGAAGGAGGCGUCCAGGGGAGCUUACCGUGUCUCCUCGUAUAUGAUCGCCAACACCGUCGUCUUCGUGCCCUUCUUGUUCGUGGUCGCCGUUCUCUUCUCCGUGCCGGUGUAUUGGAUGGUGGGACUCAACCCCACGGUGACUGCCUUUGUUUCCUUUGUGCUCCUCGUCUGGUUGAUCGUGCUGAUGGCGAGCUCCUUGGUCUUGUUCCUCUGCUCCGUAUCUCCGGACUACAUCGCCGGAAAUUCUCUGAUAUGCACCGUUCAUGGAGCCUUCUUCCUCUUCUCGGGGUACUUCAUCUCCAAGGAGAGUAUACCAAAGUACUGGCUGCCCAUGUACUACAUCUCUCUCUAUAAGUACCCAUUGGACUCGCUCAUCAUUAACGAGUACUGGGGGUUGAAGACGGAGUGUUUCGCCUGGGGGACGGGGCCGGCCGGGCCGGCGUGUUUGCUUACCGGCGCCGACGUCCUGAGGAAGAGGGGACUGGAGAAUGAUGCUAGGUUUAUUAAUGUUGGGAUUAUGAUCGCGUUCUUCAUGUUCUACCGAGUUCUCUGUUGGCUCAUAUUGGCUAGAAGAGUUUCCAAGACUGAGAUUUGAUUUGAUGAGAUUGGCCAUGGAAGUUGCGUUUUGCCCACUGAAAGAGUAAAUUAAUCAGGAAGCUUGUAGUUGCAUAGUAGCUCGAGUCCCUUCCCCUCAGAUCAGAGAUCAUUCUACUACAUGAUUCCGUUUUAAGUCUUACUUACUAUUUCAUUGAAAAAUUUUGGGACCCAAAAAGGCAGAGCUUGAGAUACAAGUGAAUGUGUCUCAGCCGGGUUC